GUGGGGGGCGGGCCGAGCGCUGGUCGGUCGGUCGCGGCCUGGGGCUCGCUGAGUCCCGUGUCCCCUGCGUGGAGAGGCCGGUCCGCCCCCGCCAUGGGCCUGGAGCUUUACCUGGACCUACUGUCCCAGCCCUGCCGCGCCAUCUACAUCUUCGCCAAGAAGAACAGCAUCCCCUUCGAGCUGCGCACCGUGGACCUGCGCAAAGGCCAGCACCUCAGCGACGCCUUUGCCCAGGUGAACCCCCUGCAGAAGGUGCCAGUCUUGAAGGACGGGGACUUCAUCUUGACUGAGAGCGUGGCCAUCCUGCUCUACCUGGCCCGCAAGUAUAAGGUCCCCGACCACUGGUACCCUCGGGAUCUGCAGGCCUGUGCCCGUGUGGACGAGUACCUAGCCUGGCAGCACGCAGCCCUGCGGAGAAGCUGCCUCCGAGCCCUGUGGCAUAAGGUGAUGCUCCCUGUUUUCCUGGGUGAGCCGGUCUCUCCCGAGAUGCUAUCGACCACUCUGGCCGAGUUGGACAUGGCCCUGCAGGUGCUUGAGGGCAAGUUCCUCCAGGACAAAGCCUUUCUCACUGGGCCCCACAUCUCUCUGGCUGACCUGGUAGCCAUCACGGAGCUGAUGCAUCCCAUGGGUGCCGGGUGCCAAGUCUUCAAAGGCCGACCCAAGCUGGCCGCGUGGCGCCAGCGCGUGGAGGCAGCGGUGGGGGAGGUCCUCUUCCAGGAGGCCCAUGAGGUCAUCCUCAAGGCCAAGGACUCUCAGCCUGCAGACCCCACCUUAAAGCAGAAGAUGCUGCCCAAAGUGCUGGCCAUGAUCCAGUGAGCCAGGAAGGCUCGCCUCUGCUCCGCCCUUGGCAGUUCGCAGAGUGGCUUCAUUUCCAUUGUCGCUUGAGAGGCAGAGCCGGAGAGCAGGCGGAGAGCAGGCGUGGCUUGCCUGCCUGAGUCCUCUGCUCCCCGGGCCAGGUUCCCACCCAUCUAUCGCUGGGGCUGCAAAGCCAUGAAGGGAAUGGCACACCCAGACCUUGUCUCCUUUCAUCUGCGUUUUCUUUCCAAUCGGGGAAAUAAACCUGGGCUCAGCCUGAGCCUUCGCUUCCAA